ACUUACGGCCACCUAUUGCAUCGCGGUGGCCCUAUUAGUCAAGUGGGCCUGGUGGCGCUAUUAUGUGUGUUCCUGAGAGUGCUUGACGCGAAGUGUGCCGUGAUUUUUUGUGCGACGCUUUUGGGAAAACCGCAGGAAUGGAGUUUAACAGGGUGGAGGUGUUAGUCCAGUAGGCAUAGUGCUUGUCCCGAAAUAACCUGAGCUGGAAUCAGAAUCCUCGUCGCCAAAACAAUGAACAGCGCCCUCUUCAAAACUACCACCACCGAAAAAGAACCAACGAGGUUAAAGUUCGGAAUCGAUCGACUGCUGUCUUCGUCUGAUAGCCUUUCCCGGGCACAAGACCUUUCACCAAAAGGAACCGCCAUCACGAAACCGACCCCCACGAUGGCCAUCCCGUGCUCCGAUUGCGUCUCCUCCCUGUAUCGUUGCUGCAAGGUCAGUUCUACAGGGUGUUCUCCUUCUAGCGAAGUGCCGGGGUAUUUUGGCGGACACCUGUUCGGGUCCAGCAGUGGGACAUAUACUGUGCAGCCCAUAAGGCCGUUUCCAACCAGACCUAGUAUUCGACUUCCAGAUUCCCCAACAAAUCCUCCUGCCAACCUCUCAAUUAACAGCAGUAAUCAGAAUAAGCGGAAGCGGUCUUGGUCCAGGGCCGUAUUCAGCAAUCUGCAAAGAAAAGGCUUGGAAAGACGGUUCCAGUUGCAGAAAUAUAUAACAAAACCUGACAGGCGACAACUUGCAGCCACACUGGGACUAACAGAUGCUCAGGUGAAAGUUUGGUUCCAGAACAGGCGAAUGAAAUGGAGGCAUUCAAGAGAGGGAGUUCAAAACACGGAGAAUGCGGUAGCCGAUUCAACACAAGACCAGGACAUACAAAUAGAUGUGGAUACGAUCACAGACGAUAUUGACUGAUUAAAAAUUUUACCAAU